AUGGCUCCAGGACUACAAUUUGAUGAAUCAGGAACCUCCACCGGUCACGCCGCCCAGGAGCAAGAAAAGUCCACGAGAUCCUCCCUUAAUCCUUGCAUUGCAGAGCUCGACUGCUCAUCAUACGGUGACGAUGAUGCCCUCGUUGCUGAUAUAGUCGCGGCCUUGAAGAUAUCUGGGGGAUGUCUCGUUCGUAAUAUGUACUCUCAAAGUACACUUGAUACAAUGGAAGGUCUUUUGAGCAAAUCGAGAACUCAAUUGGCCGAUUCCUGGCAUGGAGAUGAAGCACGUACCAGCAUAAGCAAACCUCAGCUCUCAACUACCAUCUCAUUCUCGGUUGGACCCGGAACAAAAGCACAAGGGCUCCAUCGCGACGAUGACAUUUACCAUACGCAGCACCCUGCAGCUCGUUCACACCACCUGGGACAAGACACCGUGCUCUGCCUCUUCCUAGCUGGUAAGCCCUGCACCAAGCAAAAUGGUGCAACCCGCAUUGUGCCUGGGUCUCAUCUCUGGAACUACACACAGCCACCACCUUUAUACGAAGCUUCGCCAGAAAUGUUUUCACAUGCUGAGAUGCUGCCUGGCGAUGCUUUCUUUGUGCUAGGAGGGUGUUAUCAUGGCGCUGGUGAGAACACGACAACAAAUGAGGAGCGGCUAGUAUACGCAGCAUUUGCGACACGGGGAUACCUGAGACAAGAAGAAAGCCAAUACCUUGCGAACGACCUGAAAAAAAUCCAGGAGUUGCCUUUGUAUAUUCAGCGUUUCGCUGGCUUUGGUGCGCGUAAGCCAUACAUGGGUUGGGUUGAUAUGGAGGAGCCUGUGAAGCUGCUUAACCCAGAACUUGAGGAUGAAGAGACACAAUUCUGGAUGCGGUCAUCGUCGAGUGGAACAGAGCGCUUAAGGGAUGAAGAUUUCGUUCAGUUUGCAUGGUAUGGCGCCUUAUGGAAUGUAUGUAUUUUGCGGGUUAUAAUAUUCCGGAGUAAAUACUUGAGAGUAAGACAGGCAAAUCCAGAUGGAAGAAGCCAACGAUACCCGCUAGUCGAACAAGUCGAUUAG